GUCGCCAUCAUGCAGAUUUUCGUCAAGACCCUCACGGGCAAGACUAUCACCCUUGAGGUGGAGUCGUCCGACACCAUCGACAAUGUCAAGUCCAAGAUCCAGGCGACCAACANNGACAAGGAGGGUAUCCCCCCGGACCAGCAGCGCCUGAUCUUCGCUGGCAAGCAGCUUGAGGAUGGCCGCACCCUCUCCGACUACAACAUCCAGAAGGAGAGCACUCUUCACCUCGUCCUCCGCCUCCGUGGUGGUGGUAAGAAGCGCAAGAAGAAGGUCUACACCACUCCCAAGAAGAUCAAGCACAAGCGCAAGAAGACCAAGCUCGCUGUCCUCAAGUACUACAAGGUUGACGGUGACGGUAAGAUCGAGCGCCUGCGUCGCGAGUGCCCCUCGGACACCGUAAGUUUUUUCUGCCAUCCAAAAAUUUUGCCAACUCAAGGCACUAACUCUUGUCUCAGUNGCGGUGCCGGUAUCUUCAUGGCCGCCAUGCACAACCGCCAGUACUGCGGUCGCUGCCACCUCACCUACGUCUUCGACGACCCUAAGUAA